AUGGAAGAGGUAAAUAAAUCGUCUUCACAAAAUGCUUUAACCUACACCGCAGUAACGGAUCCGGAAUCAAAUUCAAGAAAUAAUAAUAACAAUGGAAGAAAGCAAGCGCAAAAUCCAUGGAAGUUAAUAAUCUCUCUUAAUAGACAACAAAAAAUUACUUUUGUUGCAGCAUUUUUAGGAUGGACAUUGGACGCCUUUGAUUAUUUCAUUGUGAUAUUCUCCGUACCGUUUAUUGCAAAAGAAUUUAACAUGGAACCUUCUGAUAUUACUGCAAGUAUUACGAUUACAUUAUGCUUCCGUCCAGUUGGAGCGGCAUUAUUUGGUCUUUUAGCAGACCGUUAUGGAAGGAGAUAUCCAUUGAUGGCAGAUAUUUUUCUUUAUAGUUGCAUGGAGUUAGCGUCUGGUUUUGCGCCAAAUUUUACGGUUUUUAUUAUUUUAAGAGGAAUUUUUGGAAUUGCUAUGGGAGGUGAAUGGGGAUUAGGCGCAGCACUAGCGAUGGAAAUUUUACCGCCCGAAAGUCGUGGAUUAUUUUCCGGGAUUUUGCAACAAGGUUAUGCUACAGGUUUCCUUUUAGCAUCACUUUUACAUUUUGCAGUAGUUGAUAAUAUCGGUUGGAGGGCCAUGUUUUGGAUAGGCUCAUUUCCUGCCAUAUUAGUUAUAAUAAUUCGUUUGUUUGUACCCGAAUCUCCUACCUGGAAAGCGCAACAUGAUGUUAAAGAAUCAACCGGUAAAGCUUGGUUGCAAAAUACGAAAUUAGUAUUAAAACUUCAUUGGAGAAGAUUCAUCUAUUGUGUUCUUUUGAUGGCUUGUUUUAACUUUUUGAGUCAUGGUACACAGGACUUAUAUCCUACUUUCUUGAAAGUACAACUUGGAUAUCAGACGGCCCAAGUUACAAUUCUUACAGUAAUAGCAAACAUAGGAGCCAUAACCGGUGGUUCGAUUUGUGGAUAUUUGUCACAAUUGUAUGGUCGUAGGGUUACUAUUAUCAUUGCGGUAACUUUGGCAGCAUGUUUCGUACCACUGUACUUGUUACCGAAAAGUUUUGCAUCCUUGAGUGUUGGAGCUUUUGCCUUAUAUUUUUUCGUUCAGGGAGCGUGGGGAGUGAUUCCAGCGCACUUGAAUGAACUUUCUCCACCAAAAUUUCGUGGUACAUUUCCAGGGUUAACUUAUCAAUUGGGUAAUUUAAUAUCGGCAUCAUCGGCGCAAAUUGAAGCAAAAUUAGGGGAGAAAUUUAAAAAAGAUGGGAAAUCUAAUUAUGGUUUAACUAUUGCUAUCUUAUCCCUUAUCGUCAUGACUUUAUUGGUUAUAUUAACUUUAUUUAGUAAAGAAUAUAAAAAUGUUAAUUUUAUUGAACAAGCCGAAAAAGGUGAUGCGCAAAUCAAUGAUGUAGAAAAACUGAAUGAGGAUAAAAAAGGAGAGGUCCUUAUUACCAAAAAUGAAUAA